AUGGCCACCAAGGUCACCGUGGUCAAGAUGACCACCAAGGUCACCGAGGUCACCAAGGUCACCAAGGCCACCACAGCCACUCUGGCCACCAAGGCCACCACAACCACAGUGGCCACCAAGUGCCACCACCGCCACCGCCGCCGCCACCUGGCCAUGCCCCGGCUGCUGCUGCUGGCCCUGGCGCUGCCCGCCGCGCUGGCCCUGCCCGCCGCCACCCCGGCCCGCGGUGGCCCCGAGGUGGCCCUGGUGGCCCUGGAGGCGCUGGUGGCGUCGGGCGAGGGACAAUUGUCGCGCGGGGCGCUGGGGGCCCUCGUGGCGCGGGCGCGCGGCCGUGCGCAGUGCGCGCGCGAGCCGUGCGGAGAGUGUCCCUCGGUGCCAGCGCUGCUGGCCCUGGCCGGGAAGGCCCCGGGUGGCACCGCCGGGCUCGAGGCCACCGAGCUGUCCUGGCUGGGGGCGGCCGUGGUGGCCACGCUCAGGGACCCCCCGGGCACCUGCGGGGACAUCCCUGGGGACACCGAGGGGGACAUCCACGGGGACACCGAUGGGGACAUCCAUGGGGACACCCAUGGGGACACCAAGGCCACCACGGGGUCCUGGGCCAGCCGUGUCCGUGCCCUGCACCGGGAGUUUGUCACCGAUGUCACCGGCAAUGUCACUGUCACUGUCGCUGGCCGUGGUGGCCCCGGGCUGCGGGAGGUGGCCGAGCUGCUGGCGGCCAUCGAGCCCAACUACCGCGGUGACAACGGCCACCAGGCCUGCGUGGACGCUCGGGGGGUGCUGGCGGCCGCCACCAGGAUGUCCCCAAGGGUGGGGACCGGCCGGGUGCUGGUGGCACUCGGGGUCCUGGUGCUGCGCGGCCACCGCCUCUGCCCUGGGGACAUCGGGGACAGCGGGGACACGCCCAGCCGCCGCUGUGGGGACAGCCGCUGGCACCUUGGGGACACCGGUGACAUCGACACCGCCCGUGGGGGCAUGGACGCCUGGCACUGUGGGGACACCGGUGACAUCAACGCCUCCCGUGGGGACACGGACAGCAGGCACGGUGACAUUGCCACCCUCCUUGGGGACACGGACGCCUGGCACGGUGACAUUGCCACCCUCCUUGGGGACACGGAAGCCUGGCACGGUGACAGCCACCCCAAGGACAUCGAGAGCCAGCACAGCCCCACGGCCCCCAGCUCUGGGGACAGCGGUGACAAUGCCACUGUCCCCACGGCCACCAACAGCACCGAGCCCGAGGAGCAGCUGAGCGUCAGCGAGAGGUACCUCCUGGGGACACUGACGGCGCUGGCGCUGGCGCUGGUGCCGCUGGUGGCGCUGGCCCUGGUGCUGUGUCCCCGCUGUCCCCUGUGCUCCCGCUGUCCCCACGGGGCCGGAUGUCGCCGAUGUCGCCGAUGUCGCCUGUGUCCCCGGCGCUGGUGGCGCCCCCUGCUGAACGGGCUGGCGGCCGGGGCGCUGAGCGGGGACGCGCUGCUGCACGUGGUGCCAGAGGCCCUGGGGGUCGUGGGGGUGACACGGAGGGGUGACACCGAUGUCCCCUCGAUGUCCCCACAGGCCCUGGGGGUGCACAGCCACGCCGGGGGUGACACGGGGAGGUGA